AACAUUGUCAUAACAAAACAUGUCUGCUUCUACUACUUUCUUUGUGAACUUCUACUCUAGAAGACUUCUCUUACACAACCCACUUUACCAACCACCAAACGCAGCCUCCUCCCCAAUCUCCUCCACAAACACACAUGACCCAACAGAUCAAUACCCUGGUGACAACAGCUUUGAUGCAAAUGUUGUUAUGGUCCUCUCAGUCCUCUUGUGUGCCCUAAUUUGCUCACUUGGCUUAAACUCCAUCAUCAAGUGUGCUUUGAGAUGCUCAAGCUUUGUAGAGUCCAGAGGCAGCAGCAGCAGCAACACCUCCGCUAGGUUAGCCAACACAGGAGUGAAGAAAAAAGCCCUAAAAACUUUCCCAACAGUGAGUUACUCAGCUGACCUAAAUCUGCCUGGGCUGGACACAGAGUGUGUGAUCUGUCUUUCGGAGUUUACAGCCGGUGAGCGUGUUCGGCUUCUUCCCAAGUGCAACCAUGGCUUCCAUGUCCGCUGCAUUGAUAAGUGGCUGAGCUCACACUCAUCUUGCCCUAAAUGCAGGCACAACUUGAUCGAGACAUGUCAAAAAAUUGUGGGUUUCACCCAAGCUAGCUCCUCAGUCCCACCAGUGCAAGAAACCAUUGUAAGCAUUGUGCCACUUGAGCCUGAAGGUUUGGUACGCAAUUAUAGGGGAAUUAGCUAGCUAAGUUUUUAUAAUUCUUUUGUUAAUUGUAUAAUAUUUAGUUAAUUAUAUGCUUAGCUUUCCUGGGGUUGAGCACACUGGUUAUAGCCAACCCCACUAGCCACCCAAUACAAAGUGUAAUUACUUCUAGUUGUGAAAUUGUGUAGCGUUUCCAAUUCUGAUU